AUGAACGAACAAGAUUCUUCGAUAUAUCCGCACCUGUACGUUGCCAACACGAUCGAUCUUCCACAAGAAUACUUCACCGGAGGAUUUCUACAACAGGACCCCGUCAGUCACUUGGAACGACCGGAAGAGUACGUCCCGCAACUGAGUAAUAUGGAAGACCACUACCAACAACAACCGUCGUCUUCCACCCACGUGUUCGCCAAUCCCAUGGACCGCCACGGGUGCAUGGUGGAAAGCACACCACCCACGGCCGUCACGGGAAACGAGCACUCUGACGGAGGAGAAGAGGUCCAGUCGCCGGUCGCCCCUACCGACACCCGUGACAACAAUCGUAAGGGGUCCGACGGGAAGAGGAGAAAGCGGGCAUCUUCGAGGUCUUCCUCGUCGUCUUCCGUACGAUCGUCGUCGCCCAAGAGGAGUGGUAGCGACGGAUGGAAGAAGACUAAGGAGCGGCGUUCAAGAAGUAAGAGCCGGUCACAGCCCCCCUGUCGGUCUCCUACAGCGACGCGUCCCCGAGAGUCUCCCGAGAAGCGUGGCAACCCUACGCCGACCCGCCCACAGCACCCGCCGACCUGCCCUACAGCACCCGCCGACCCGCCCACAGCACCCGCCGACCCACCCACAGCACCCGCCGACCCGCCCACAGCACCCGCCGAAAAGACACGCGGUAACCAAGGGUCUCAACAACGAACUCUUCGAGUCCAUGCGCCACAAGAUGCCGGAGUCCGCCUCCAGAGCCGCCUCACUCGUCUCCGAAAUAUCAUCGGUCUCCACAUCGAAGAGGCGCUCACCGGCGCCGUUCGUCCUGGGGGAUUUCGUUCCUAA